CUCUCUCUCUAGAAAAAUAUUGAUUGAACCUGCGCAUUUUCCGUCCGUACUAUCAAUGGCAACGUCGGAAUACUUCAUCGGAACUUAUUGCGGCGCCGGCGAUGUUAAUCAUUUCGCCAUUGAUGACUUACUUGACUUUUCUAAAGUUGAUGAUGAAGCCAUGUCUACAGAUCAUUUAUACGAUAAUAAUAAUAAUAAUGUUAACGGAAAUAAUUCUGUUGAUUCUUCGUCUCUCACGGCUAUGGAUUGCUGUAAUUCUUCGGUUUCCGGUGGUGAUAAUACACAGUUCUGCGGCGGUUUAAUUGAUCCUCAGUUCUCCGGCGAGUUCUGCGUUCCGUAUCAGGAUAUGGCUGAACUGGAAUGGCUAUCGAACUUUGUUGAAGAUUCAUUCAGCACACAGGAAUCGCAAAACCAUCACCAUCUCCAGCUAAUCUCCGCCAUUAAAGCUACUCCAUCAUCAAACACUUCAUCAUCAUCUGAUUCAAAUCCAAUUCCAAUUCCAGCCGUAGUUGUUAAUCAUGAUGAUGACAAUCAUAUUAAUGUUGAUCCGAUUCCUUCAUUUCCUUCCGAUGUAUCCGUACCGGGAAAGGCAAGGAGCAAACGUUCAAGAGCAGCACCCUGCGAUUGGUCAUCACGACUGCUCGUGGUAUCUCCGACGGCCGGAAAACCGACGAAACUAUCAUCGUUUACGAAGAAACGAAACCCUGAAGAAUGUCCUGGCCGGAAAUGUCUUCACUGUGCAUCAGAUAAGACUCCUCAAUGGAGAACAGGACCGAUGGGACCUAAAACAUUGUGCAAUGCUUGUGGAGUGAGAUACAAAUCGGGACGAUUGGUGCCGGAAUAUCGACCGGCGGCUAGUCCUACAUUUGUGUCAACUAAGCAUUCGAAUUCUCAUCGGAAAGUUAUGGAGCUCCGGCGACAGAACGAUGAUGUUGUUGUUCAGGGACAUCAUCAUCAUCUGUUUAUUAAUCAUCAUCAUCAUCAUCAGAGCUCUAUCUUUGGCAUAUCUAACCCUGAAGAUUACUUGAUUCAUCAUCAAAGUUGGACCUGAUUGAUUACAUUCAUCUUAUCUAAUUUUUCUACAUUUUUUUUUCUUCUUCUCUAAUUGAUUUGAUGAAUUUUGCCUGGAAAAUGAUGAGCAUGAGCAGAGAAAUUAGGAUCAAAAAAGGAAGGAUUUAGUUUCAUUUGUUUGUUUUAAGCAAAAUUUGUUCUGGAUUUUCUUUGCCUAAUUUAGAAUCAAUAACUCUUAUUCUA